AUGAGGUCCGACCACUUUGAAAUUUUAUUUUUCAGGUUUUUAGAAGUAGUAUCCUCCUUCGCCGUUCAAGAAUGUUACGAACACGUAAAGAAAAUGUUCGACUCCUUAACAGAAUUUCACAAAUUAGGAUGUGAUAUUCUUUUAUUAACUCAGAGACCAACAACUGGAGGUGGAGGAUUUCUCAAAUUAAUUGGAAUGCCGUUUAGAAUGUUGCUAAAUGAGAGUGAAUCUAUGAGACAGAUUUUAAUGCACCGACAAUCGGCUUUGUCUAUGGCGGGGAUUAGAGCAUUACACAUUUACACAGAAUUUUUGUGUAACGAUCAUCCUUUGGAAAUUGCUUCUUCAAAAAAUAACGGAAAUAAUGGGGUACUGGAAAAGCAACAAAGUGGGUGUAUUUUGCUCAAUCAUGAAGGGCAAAUUUUGUAUUCUUAUUUGUGCACGGAUUCGAGUGAUUGGCCGGAUGUUGAAGUUUUGCUUGAACAAGUAAAUGAACUCGUUAUAAGAGACCCCCUCAUUAGAAAAUACCCCCGAUUUAAUAUACUACCUCCCAUUAUAAGAUACCUCUCAUUAUAA